AUUCAUUCAGAUCACAUAAUUUAAACUUGCAGAGGACAAGACGCGCGCAUAUGGUCACGUUAUAGUACUACUAGGUCCGGCCGCCUAAGCACUUGAUGGAAGAUUCUUUAGCUUUAUAGGUCCUAGAGAUGACAGCACAAUUCCUUGUACACUUUCUCAACACAGUGAAGAAGUGGCUUUCACAGCUUGCACGACGCUCUGCGAGUUCAUUUUCGCUUUUUUUGUCUUUACUCUGCCGAUUUGUUUCUGAUCGUUUAAAGCUCAGUGCAUGUCGUCGGAGAUUGUUUGCUGGGAUCCGUUUUUCCAACGAGGCUCUACCGCGUUCCCAAGAGAACAUCGCAAGACAGGAUGCACCCAUUUGCUCGAGUUCUCUGCCUCUGCCUUCUUCGGAUGAUCCUCGUUCAAGAAACCAUUCACAACACCCGCGAAAAAAUACAGCGAUACCUGUGUCACAGAUUAAUACAACAAUACGGAAUGGGGGUACUGCAGAGAUAGACAGGGGUUCUAUAUCGAGUUUCCACACAGGGGAGAGCUCGGGGAGCAACAUGAGUGGGCCGUUCCCCAGUGGCGACCCAUUAGAGCGGUCUGGCAGUCCAGGCCCAUCACGUCCUUUAGGCCUCUAUGGAUUGUGGGAGUCACAUUCAAGAUCGCAGACAUCCACGAAUGAUGCUCGUUCUUUGGUUGCAAGGCCCACGGCCUCCACGAUGCAUCCCGCGCUUGGCGCUUCCAAACAUAGUCUUACACCAUCAUUUACUGGAUUACGACCGCACAAGGGACAUGUUUAUCAUCUUUCGAAUGACGUCCAUAAUUCCAUGACGCUACAACCUGCACCACCAGAUCUUGCUGCCGAUCAUGUUCGUUACGUUGCUCCGCCCCGUAGCGACGAGAUGCCGGGCUCAGAGAUUGAGGUCCAUCAACGUAUACUCCCAGGAAUAUUUCCUAUGGUUGCGGCAGGAGUCUUGAGAUAUAAGAGGUGUAUUACCCGGCCCACUGACAAUGUCCUGACUACUGUCCCCAUUAUGACAAUCACGUUUCCUGUGCAUGACCCGAGUAUGGUUUUGCCCGAAGGAUGGACCACCCUUGUUCAUCCAGAAGGUUCUCGCUACUUUCUAAACGAAAAACAAAGGACAUUCACAGAAGUAAAUAUAUUUGAUCCACAAAUACACAAGGGCAUCGAAGACUACAUGCAAUACUUGUGGAGUGGGCUCAGGUCAAUCAUUAAACAAGAGAACCGCCGCCUCGACCUGACGCAGGUGGACCUUGUACUCGAGCUAAAGAGGAACGAUGUUGCAAUUGAUAACUCUGGCAUCGCUUGGUACUAUUUCGUCAACCACAAUAGCAGAUGCCUCUUUUGGUUGCACGAGUCUGACGUCGAAGAUGUGCUCCGAGAUUGUAAAGGCAUCAGGAGUCUUUCACACAUACGGCUUGCCAUUCAGGCACAGUACUGGCUGCAUUGGGAAUAUUUCCCUGACCUGUGUUUAGUUUCACAAGACCAUGUCGAUGAGAUUAAGGAUAUGUUGAUGCAUGCGACAUGUGAUCACAUAACAUCGAAGCGGUCUUCUGCGCUAGGUGAUGUCAUCGAACUCAAGGACUAUAUUUCGGUGGUAAAUGGACUCAAGGUUCAUUCCCGUGAAAAGCAGCGGAUGCAACGAUGUCAUACUGCUAUUAUCAUUGGCCGUAUCAUGAAGUUAUUCAGUGAAAAUCAGUUUACCAACUUUCACGGGGAGGAUUGCGUGAGACUGAUAUCUGACAAAACGGUUCAUGGUUGGACAUACACACCAUCAUUGUUGAUGGUCGUGGUCGCACCCUUCCUUUUUUUGGACCCCAUGACGCAAGUCCAAAAACUGCACAAGGCCUUUGUAGAUGAAACUCCUUCCACGGCACGGUGGAAUGCACUUAGUUUGAAAUUGAAAAGGCAGCUCAAGGACUCCAAUCUCUUGGCCACUGUCUUGCUCAGCGUCAAUGUUGGGUUUCUCGAUAUCAGCACUGUUGAUACCGGCGGGAGAUCUGCCAUUCAGAUUAUAAGCUACAUGUCCUUGGUUACGAGCUUAGGAAGUAUAAUUCUCGGCAUGUUCUUGGUCUGGCAUGAACAAACCUCUGGAGAUAAUACAGCCUUGGAAGCGGCAUCAUUUGCAUUAAAAAUUCACGACGAAAAGCAUGGACUUGAAAAGCUGGCCAUAAUUUACAGCAUUCCCAAGGCGUUACUCAUGUGGGGGAUGAUCUUCUUCUUUGUGGCAUUUUCCAUCGAUUGGUGCAGUUCCAGGGAUAUAACUUCCGGAGCCAUAGUCGGUACUACGGUACUUAUCGUAUUCGGGAUGAUAACAUACGGCAUUAUUCGCAUCAGGGAAAGAGAGCGCUGGUGGUGGCACGCAAUUGGCCAGCAACUAUCAUCCUUUCGGGCUCGAGUCAUGAAGUUUUUGGAGAUGAUAAGAAGCCAAAGACGCAAGCCCCAAUCCGACCCUGAAGAAGCUAGCUCCCAUACAUUGACAGGCCUCCCGCAAGCAAAUGUCGAGGUGGAUGCCCCAACCCCACGCAACCACCAACCAGAAUUACCAGGUGCCAACGGUCGUGAAGAUCACCCUUACUCUAUCGCCGAAACUCGGUCAUACCAGUCCAACACCUCUGUGGCGUCCAAAAAUGAAAGACAAGCAGCAGUAAAUGACACGGGCGCCGCAGUACCGCCUAGUCCAUAUUAUACAGAAUACCAGGAGAAUGCGAAAUACGCAGAUAACGUCGUUGGAGAGCCCGAAGAGGUCGAUUAUUCUCGGCCUUCGUCAAGCACAACUCCGUAUCCAAAGAUCGUCGGUAGAAGAGCCACCGAUGAACCUUUCCGUCAUGCGGCGGCGGCUGCGAAGUGGACACUACAAGACGGUCAAGACAUAGAAGAGGCCGAAGAUUAGGGUUUGUUGGAUUUGAUUUUGGACAUCGUGAGAGGAAAUCAACGGGCUAGGCAGUACUAACACCUACUAUGUAGCUAGGUGGCCAUCACCAAUCAGGAUUAGACCUUACUGUAGAACAUGUAUUGUAUGACUUAUAGGCCGGCUGCGAGGUGGAUGGCCUCGUCAAGCGUCUCCUCAUCACUGACGGGGUUGAACAUUAAUGAACGU